AUGAGGAGGCAUCCCGAUUGGCACAUGGGCUCCUAUGCCCGGGAUCAGCUCAAGGAGAUCGUUCCUGGCUUGCGGAAUGGCUUCCAGAGAUUUCACCGGUGCGUUGUAGCGAAGCUGAUGCGCGAGUGGCCUCAACUGACGCGCUACGUCCGGAUCACACCACAAUGCACAACGCACCAGCUUUGCGAAGACCGGCAGAUCUUCAGUCGAGAAUGCGACCGCCAGCCCCGCUCUCGGCGGACCGGCGCCAGCCUUCGGGCCCUGGCAGCCGAGAGCUUUCACCUGUGCGGAGGCUCUGAUGCAGUGGUGCUGCAGCAGAGAUUGCGACGAAGUGUGGCAGCGGCGCCGGAACGAUCCGAUCAUGCUGCGGAGCCACCUUCUCGGAUCCUAUGUGUGCCUUUUGCUCUUUUUGCGGUCGAAGGCUCCAGGAUUGACUCUGUGGGCCCUAUCGAUUGUGGCUUGGCGUGA